GUUAAGUGAUCGGGCGCGAAAACAGUAGGUCCUGGGUUCGAAUCUCGCAGGGGACGAGGUCGUAGAUGCGCACUGCUGAGGAGUCCCACAAGAGGACGAAGCGGCCGUCCAGUGCUUCCAUGUUUUCCAUGGUGGUCUAGCUUCAACUGACUCAUGAUCUUAACCAUUGAAAUAACUCGGUUGUGUCAUUCUGAGUAGUUCGAGGCUUUUCUUUGACUGAAAAAACCUCGGUAUUAGAAGAUUUGGUGAUUUCUAAGAUACGAUCAGGAGAUGCAGCCAGUUCGUCUAAGGCGUUGUUCUGAAGCGAGACCAGAACCGCUUGCACCUGUUGGGGAAGUUUAGACAAGAAAAGUUGUUUGAAUAAGCCUUCGUUGAAAGUUCUUUGGUCGAUAACCUCUCUGAUCCUUUGAAACAUGUCCGUCGCAGAACCGUGCUGCAGGUCUAUGUUAUUAAAGAGUUGAUCUAAACUUUCUCGAUCGGUUAGAUCUCCUCGUUUAAGAAUCGAACGCUUUAAGGUUUCGUAAGUUUCAGAAACAUCACUAGUAAACAUACUAGGUGUUACGUACCUGUUGAAUUCCCGCGGUAGUGCCUUGACUACUGUGAAGAAUUGUGCACGUGUGUCGUUCACGCCGUGCUCAUGGAAGUCGACUUCUUCGUAACAGAACCAGGCUUCGAUAUUGUCGGGCCAGAAGGGCAUGAGUUGGAACGAGGGUGGGGACAUGGUCUUAAUCUAAAAUACCUUAGGAAUCUGUUCGGUCAUAGGGGAAUAUUAAGUAUGAUAAUACACGAGUGAAAAAUAUAUAGAUAUCCUGAGACACGGGGAAAAAUAUCACAAUGUAUAAAAAAUAAAAAAUAAGGCAAUAAUAUAUAAAACAUUCCCAAAAAGGAACAGACUCACAGUUGCAAUUCGGUGUACCAGAUCACGUUAGGCUCACUAAUGAAGAUGACACAGGUAUUCAGUGUUUGACAACGCUUUUACCAGCAACACCUUCUAAUAUAAUUUGUACCCAUCGAGAUAAAUCAAAAGACAGAGUCGAGGAGAUCGGAAGAGUGUAUUUGGCGAUAACCAAUAUAUCGGAAUUCUCUGAUCUAAUCUGGCUAGCGAUUGCGGUAGAUGUUGAGCACAGCGUUACCACACGUGAUCUGGUGAGGAUGCAUGACCGAGCGCCUUCAGCUAGAUGAGUCCACUAAAACAUAUGGCCAGCAUCCAAUGUCGAAAACUUACAGAGCUAUUUAUUUUGGGGAUUUAUUUACCGCCACAAACUAAAUCAUAGUGACGGUCAUGAAAAAAUAAUCUCAAUCUAUCAGAACAAACUUUUGCGCGAUUUCUUAGAUGAAAUUACGACUCGACUGCCACCGCACACAAUUUUAUGGAAAGCUGUUACUGGUUUGUUAGAUUCUAACGAUGGUUUAUUUCUAGAUCACCUGCCAAAUUUCGGGUUAUGAAAAUGCUAUGUAGGUGAGGUCAAGAAAUGACAUGCAAAGAAAUCACGGGGUACAGAGAUUUUGUAAAGGCACAACAGGGUUCAGUCCUGUUGUAGUUAGUGGAGUUCCAUUUAGGAUGUUUAGGGUCAAGGGAGUUACGUUAAAUAGGAAUAAACUAGUAAAAUUUAAGGUAGAGAACCAUAAAUUGUUCCACGAAAUUCAUUCACUCACACAGCAUUUGGGAUUUAUUGCUGAUGCUAUAUCUGGAUGAAAACCUUAACCUUAUUUCCUGACCCUAAUCAAAAUCUUUCACUUUUUAUCCUGAUUCUUCUCACUAUUUUGAUCAUAAUCUAUAGUUGAAAAUUCCCAAGACCCCCUUAAGGUCACUCGAAGGUCAUUAAUGAGGUGUGGUCAAGCAUCAUAGUAACCUAAAGAUCUACGUUAUUUGUUAUUUUGCUGGUUUCACUGAGAACUUUUGUUGCAUUGCUCGCUGUCAAUGUUAUAAAAAUGGACGACACGGUUGGUCCCGCAGCCUAUGUCCUUUUUGAUGAACUAUACACCAAAGAAAAGGUUUUUCGCUCCAUAAUUACCAGCAACAAAACUCUAAAUAUUCGUCUACUGGGCAGAUUUUCUGCAUUCAAAGCUGAUAGCAAUCUGGUUGAAUUGUUGUCCCCAUUUCAAGGUGGUGCUAUUCCUUGCGUUAUCGUCAAUGUAAAAUAUCUAACUGAAAACCAGAAACAAUGUUUUUCAAGUCAGACAGCUAAUGAACGCUUGAUACAAUUUAUUGGGGAGUUAAGUAUAUCAGAUGAUAAAAAACAUUAUCACCUUACAGCGUUUUCAUUUACCUUUAUGGAUGGUGUGAGUUUGGAUUUAUAUAGAACUGUAACAAAGAUAACUCGAAGUUAUAUUGCCUACUUACCGUCUUUGUGA